CAGCUACUGGCGGGGAAGUUGGGACGGCGUGCGCUUUUGUCCAGCACUCCCAGCUGCCUUUUCUAAGCCAGUUCUGCUAGGUCUGUGCGCGUGUUCCAGGUGCACGUUGUUGUUACUUGGUCUGCAUGGCUUCGCAGAGUUCGGCGGUCAGAUUCCGCAGGAUCGUUGCUCAUUUCCCUCAAGAGUUCAGCCUAGCCUUUGCUUAUGGGUCCGGGGUCUUUCAGCAAGUGGGGGCCUCUUCCAUCGAAACUGGGAACAAUAUGCUGGACUUUGUGUUUGCUGUUGAUGAUUCUGUGUCAUGGCAUAUGAUGAAUCUGUUAAAGAAUCGGAAUCAUUAUUCCUUUCUAAAAUAUUUUGGGCCUAAGCUCAUCAGUAACAUCCAGAACUAUGGAGCAGGGAUUUACUACAAUACACUAGUGCCUUGUAAUGGUAGGGUAAUAAAAUAUGGUGUUAUUAGUACAGAUGUUCUUAUUGAAGAUUUACUGCGCUGGAAGACGCUUUAUGUAGCUGGACGUCUGCAAAAGCCGGUGAAAAUUAUUACUCAGAAUGAGAAUGUUAAGCUGCAAGCUGCCGUUACCAGUAACUUGAAGAGUGCUGUCACAGCAGCUUUUCUUAUGUUGCCUGAAAGUUUCUCCGAAGAGGAUCUUUAUAUGCAGAUUGCUGGGCUCUCUUAUUCUGGUGAUUUCAGAAUGAUAAUUGGAGAAGAUAAAUCGAAGGUUAUGAAUAUAGUGAAGCCAAACAUGUUGCAUUUUCAGAACCUCUACAGUGAUAUAUUGCAGGAUUGCCCCCAAGUGGUGUACAAACACCAGCAGGGCACGCUAGAGAUAGAUAAGAGUCCAGAAGGCCAAUUUGCACAACUAAUGGCUCUGCCAAGGACCCUGCAACAACAAAUAACUUCUCUUGUGGAUCAUCCAGGGAAGAACAGGGAUGUGGAAGAAAUUUUAUUGCAAGUCGCCCAUGACCCUGACUGUGGAUUAGUGGUACACCGUGGUAUUUCAGGAAUUGUGAGAUCGUCCAGUCUCAUUCAGAGUGCUAAAACAACCCUAACAGCUGGAAUAAAAAAGUCAGUGAUUUACAGCAUGAAGAAGAUGUACAAAAUGUCAAAAGGAUGGCUGAAAAAGACAUGAUGCUCAUGGAACUGAACAUUUUGAAAAAUCGAUUCAGCUUUGUAACUGAAGGUUAUUUCAAUUCUACCUGUUGCAUCAUCUUGCCUUGGAAAAUUAAGAAUAUGCAGAAACAUGUUUAUGCUAUUUAUACCCAGACAGUGUUGCACAGAAGAUAAACAGGAGAGCUUCACUUUUGGUUUGUUGAUGAAGGGGAUUCUCUCCCCCACCUUUUUUCUACCUUUCCAGAGUGACUGCUUCCUUGUGUGUUGUGUUAUGUUACAGACCACCUUACGACCAGGAGCCCUGCAUGAUCAGGGUUUCCAAUCGUGCAGAAGACUGUUAUUUAUUUUUGUAAAAAUAUUUAUACAUUACUAUUCAUAAAAAAUAUGCCAGAGCUGUUUGUGGCAUAUAUGAAUACACACUAAAACCAUACAAAAAUUUAAAACCAGAAGUCUUUAACUAACUACUGCAGAAAGAUAUCUUCUUAUUUAGCUAAACAUCCUUACAAUCCCCCCUAGAUCUUUCUGUUCAAUGCAGGAAGUUCGUAGGGUGGCAAUUCAUGUGGUUCUGUGGCCCCUCCAUGAAUACAAUUAACAAAGGUCCAAAUAGGAUUCUUUCAAAAAUGUCUUCUUUUACCAUUUUUUCUAGUCUCCUUUGAUCAUGCAGUUUGUGCUAACCGUUCUUUUGCAGGAGCAACUCAUACUGUUGCAUCUUUUAACUUCACCAAGAACUCAUAAAGGUCUAGUUACACAGCUUAAGAAAACUGAAUAGUAUUGAACUGAAUUAUUUUACUCUCUGUCCUCUUGCUGUGUAGAGUUACAUGUCAAGUAACUUUGCAAAAGGUCAGCCAUCAAUUUUUAAAGCAUAGAUGAUGGUUGUAUAAUUCACGGCCAAAUAUCAGUGAGCGGGUCAUAUUUCAAAACAAGGUCAGGUUACAGUUGAUCUUCUGGGUCCAAUAAUGUAUGGGCGCUUAGCUAUAUAAUUUAAGAGUUCUGCUGCACUGCCAGUUUAGAGUGCUUUUAAUGUCAGCCUGUGGUUAAAAUCAGGGAACAGUUUUCUUACUGGUAUAGACUGUCCCCCCCGACUUGUGAACUUUAAUUACUGAGGCACAAAGGAAGACAAACCAAAGAAAGGGGGUUCAGAUAACAGCACUGAUAUUAAACCUCACUUAUCUCCAUGUGCUAAAAGCUGCUUUUUCAGAUAAAUUGCCUUUCACAGAUGUCUACCAUUCAAAGAGGUGUGUUUGGGCUUCAUUGCAAGCGAUAGUUCCAUUUAAAGACAAGUAAUAUGAAGAAUAUGGAGAGAUAGAACUAGGGAAAUAAAAAAGACAGUUCUGUUAAAGAUAAUGCAUGAUAAAUGGUCAUAUUAGUUCAUGUUUGAUUCGAAGGCUUACAGGUUAAAAAGUAAUUUUAAUUUGAUUAUAGUUACUGUCUCUCUCUUGGGCUCAAGGCAGGUAAGUAUAUGCAGAUGUGAUUUGCAGCCCUGUUGGCAUGAGGGCUUGAUAAUAGUGAUGCCCGCCCCCUGGAUAAUUUUAAGCUUUAAAUUCUGGCAAUAAAUGCAGUAAAAAGCAACCACAAAAAUAAGGCUUGUGUCAUUUGAAAAAAUAGUAAAAUGGGGCUAUGUGCAUGUGCUAUAUGAUGACAGUCUUUGCACAUGAACUGAGCCAAGCUCGUGCUUAAUGUGGGAUGGUGAGUACAGUUUAGAUGUUACUCAUCCAACAUGCAAGCAUUUGGGAAAACCUUAGUAUGUCAGCUAGAAGUGUGCAUUGCAUUUGGACAAAUCCCAAGGUGAAGCAGGAUGCCUUGGGAGUGGGUGCAGGAAACCUUUGGCUCUCCAGGUGUUGGUGAACUGCAACCCCCAUCAACCCUGGACAUUGAAUAUGCUUGCUAAGGCUGAUGGGGAGUUGUAGUUCAGCAACAUCUGAAAAGCCAAAGGUUCCCCAACCUGGCUUGGAGGAAUUUGGGGCUUGCCCAAAGAAAAGUUCAAUCGAUACAAGGCUGCCCUAGUCAAAACGGAGACCCCAAAAUCUCUUUGUGGCACUGCGGUGAUCCAGACAUCAAACUCUGCAGAUAAGUGCAUGUGAAAAGGGAAACUAUCUCUAAGCUCACCAUAAGGAAAAUGCCAAAAUUAUGUGGUGCUGACAGGGACAGGGGGCAAAGUAUCUCGCUUAAGAAAAAUACCAGGAUCAGGAGGGGAACCUCCUUUGUGGUUGAGUGUUUUAGCUUGUAAUCAUGGUAAUGAUUUUAUCCAGAAAGUGAAUCCCUUUUUAAUUCUUUCCACAGAAAAUCAACUUUAAAGGUGCCUAGUGUAAAAGCCCCUGAACCUAUUUGUGUGCAAUUUGACUGGUGCCUCCCUCAUGCCUGCAAAAUGCUAGAACUGUAACAACUGCCCUUGCAGGGAAACCACCGCGGUAUCCCUCAGAAUGAUUGACAUUGCCUAUCAAUUCCAUCCCCGAAUAAAAAGCUAGAUGUUUCCUAAAUAAAUAAUCAGAGUUUAAAAGUGUCCAGUAUAAAAGGCUCUGGACCUAUUUGGCUGUAAUUUGGCAGGCUUUAUCCACUUGGGAAGGGUUACUGUGUCUGCAAAUGUCAUCCAUAUCUGUCAAAAGAAAAUAAGGUACCUAUUUUUUUUAUUUCCCAGUAGUGAUUUGGGGUGGAUGGAAAAAAUGGGUCCUUGAAAUCAGGUAGCCUACAAGGCGCUUUGGAUCAAGGUGGGGCUGUUUCUUGAAGUGCUGAAUUGGGAUCUGAGAUUGGAAUUGCAAUUGCAAUUGCAAUUGGAAUCUUGUGGCCCGUUCACACCUGUUGUGCCAAUGGUUGAGGAAAAGUUGCAGCUCUGGGUUAGGGCACAUGGAUGCAACAUAAUUAUCUGUGUCAUUUCCAGGUACACCUGGGAAAGACACCUGUUUGAAAAUGCAGUAGAGCUGCUACCAGUCAGAGUAUUUAUUCUUUUUAUUUAUACAGAAUUUUUUAUCUCAUCCUUCUAAUGCCUAUGCACAACUCAAGGGUGACUUAACCACCAUUUAAAAAUCACAUCAUAAACUACAACAUAAAACAGACGUGGACAAUAUCAGUGAAUUUAGGGAGUGUCUGUUAGUGAUCCCCCAUGGCUCAUAUGCACGGCUCAUAUGCACCAGAAGCCAUGCUUUCAGUAUUGUGGGCAAGAUUCUGUGGAAUUCCUCCCAGUUAUGAUUAGACAGGCCCCUUGCCUGUUGAACUUCAGGCACUUGACAAAGGCCCUUCUAGUUUAGUAGUCAUUUUAAAGUAGUUUUAUGUUUUAUUAUUAAUUUUAAUUGAUUGUAUAUGUUGUGUACUUCUUCAUUUUUAUGCAAACUGCUUAGAAACAUUGGUAAAUAAAUAGCUUAAAAAUGUAAAUGUACUGCCUUCAAGUCUUAAAUAAAUCAAAAUAAAAUAUAAAA